UUGAUCAUAGGUUCUUUUUUUUCUUCCAGGGAAAUAUCCACCUGACCUAAUGUAUAUAGAUGAAUUGAAUGAAUAAAUAAAUAUUUUUUUUUUUAUAAAUCCAAUUCAUUCCUAUGUGUAUUUUUCUUUCUUUCUUUCUUCAAUAUUGAUUAUUUGAUUGAAACAUUGACCGCAUUCGAUUGAUUAGUCUCCCAAUUCGAUCGAUUGAAUUUAUCAUUUUCAUCAUCAUCAUCAUCAUCAACGAUUGAUUUUGUUUACUUAAUUAAUAAAUCCAAAUGUUUGAUUCAUAUAUCAACAGCGACGUUUGUUUGCUUUGAAUUGAAAAUUUUCAACAAAAAAAAAAAAAAAAAAAAAUGAAAAUCCUAUUCCAUCCGUUAGAAUCCUGGGGCCAUAUGAAUGCUUCGAUCGGUGUUGCACAAAUCAUGUUCAAACGUGGUCAUCAGAUUAUUUUUGCUAUAACUGAAAAUGUUCGUGGUCAAUUUGAAAAACAUGGUUUUGAAGAAAUUAUUUUACAUACAAUAUCUACACCUUCGUUAUCAAAUUAUCAACAAAAUGAUUGUGUUGAUUUUCUACUGAAUUCUACGGAUUUAUUUCGUGAAAAAGAUCCAUUUAAAAAAUAUUCAAUGUUUCAAAAAGUUUUCGAAAUUCGUGCACAAGAAAUUUUACAAACCGAACAACAAUUGAAAAAAAUUCUUAAUGAUGAACAACCAGAUUUAAUAUUAGUUGAUCAAAUACUAAUAUCACCAAUGAUAAUUCAAUCGGGUAUUCCAUGGAUAUUGAUUUUUAGCUGUAAUCCGUUGUCAUUUCGAAAUGAUAAUCGUUUACCGCCACCAUUUUCAGGAUUACCUACUAAUGAUCAAUCAUUAUGGCAAAAAUAUCGUAAUGAAUUUCAACGUACAUAUCAUCAUUAUGUUUUAAGUAAUCAAAAUUUUCUAAUGAAAUAUUUUGGUUUUGAAACACUUGAAUAUAAUGGUAUAACACCACCAUCACCAUAUCUAAAUAUUUAUGGUUAUCCGGAAGAAUUAGAUUAUAAUAAAAUUGCACCAAUGCCCGAUAAUUGUUUUCGUAUCGAUACAUUUUGUCGUAUGGAAAAUGAAAAUUUUGAAAUUGAUCAGGAAUUUUUAAAACGUUUACAACCAAAUUCGAAAUUAAUUUAUAUUUCAUUAGGAACAUUAGCAUCAAUACGUUUUGAUAUGAUUAAAAAAUUUUUAAUGAUUUUAUCUAAAACUAAACAUGGUUAUAUUGUUUCGAAAGGUAGAUUUGAUGAUGGAUUCAAAUUACCAUUGAAUAUGUUUGGUGAUGAACAUUUACCACAGACUAAAGUAUUACCUUUAGUUGAUUUAGUUAUAACACAUGGUGGUAAUAAUACUGUUACUGAAUCAUUAUUUUUUGGUAAACCAAUGAUUUUAAUGCCAUUUUUUGCCGAUCAAUAUGAUAAUGCACAACGUUUACAUGAAUUAGGUUAUGGUUCAAGAUUAGAUCCAUUUAAUUAUCAACAAAAUGAAUUAAUCGAACAAGUUGAACGUUUAUUAUUUGAUCAACAAAUCAAUCAACGUUUAAAAAAUUUAUCCAAACGUAUGCAAACAUCAAAUUUACGUGAAAAAUUAUCGAAAAAUUUGGAAAAAAUUGUCAACGAAUUUAAAUCAUCAAAUGACAAAGCAAAUCGAAAUAAUCUAUAAUUAAGUGAAUGAAUGGAAACCCUCCUAAACGUCUAAUCUAUCUAAUAUAACAAACUACAGAAAAACACUAACUAACUAUUUAUUAUAAUGAAAAGAAAAAGAAAAUCUUAAAUACUUUUAAUUAAAAUUAUUAUUAUUUUGUUUUAAUAUA